GCGCCUGUCAUGGCGGCCUCCUGGGCGGCGGGCCGAGGCGCCGCAGCCCUUCCACGCCCGGGGCUCCUCUGCGCCGCGGGGCGGCUCCUGCUCCGGCCCAGGCGGGCCCGGCGGCGCUUCCACACGGCAGUAACCUACCAGGCAGAAGAUGAGAAUUCUAUGGCAGAAGUAGUGAACGUGGUGUUUGUAGACCGAUCUGGCCAAAGGGUCCCUGUGCAAGGCAGAGUUGGGGAUGAUGUUCUGCGCUUGGCUCAAAGGCACGGCAUUGAACUGGAAGGAGCCUGUGAAGCUUCUUUGGCCUGUUCCACCUGCCACGUCUAUGUGAGCCAUGACUUUGUGGACAAGCUUCCCUCCCCGGAUGAACGGGAGGAAGACAUGUUGGACAUGGCACCCUUGCUGCAGGAGAACUCACGCCUGGGCUGCCAGAUCAUCCUCUGCAAAGAACUGGAGGGAGCAGAGUUCACCCUCCCCAAAAUCACCAGGAACUUUUACGUGGACGGACAUGUCCCCAAACCGCACUGAGGAUGGCAGAGCCGAGGGCUGGGUCCGAUCUCCUGACGGGGGCUGAGCUGAGUCUUCCCAGCAGGCUUCCAAAGAGAGCAGAGUUGGGAUGUGUUAGAAGCGGGCAUGAUUCUAAAAAGGGAAAAAAAUGUGUUGGUGCUCCAGGAGUAAAGAAGAUGGAGCUGAAGAAAGAACUACGGAACCACCCGGGAAGAGCAAGCGGCGUGCUUCCUGCAACUGCCGGUCUCUCUGUGCCUUCCCUAGGCCAUGGCUGGGCUAAAUGUACCCUCGUUCCUAGCGCUAGAGCUGUGCUGGAGCUUUCCCAUGCCUAAUGGCCUCCCCCAGAUCCUGUGGGCAGCCUUAAGGGGAGAAAAAGGGGGCACCACCUGACUUUUCAAAGGAUAUAAGGCUAUACAGCACACUCAAUGUAGUGGGUGACGGGAGGGAAAGUUUGGAGUUAUCUCAUAAGCACUUUGGUUGCAUUCUUUCUGGAUCCCAUCUGUUUCCCCCCUACCGUAGCACAAAUAGUGCUUUAAAUUGGUUUACUUGGGGGUUUUAGUUAUUCAUCUGGUAUUCAUGAAAAAUUCAUUGGAAACACCCAUCUGUUUUUGUGGUGUACUCCUAAGUAACAAAUGGGAGGUAGCGUGCCUGGAACCCCCUACUUUUAUGAGUAAAGACACCAUUA